GUUCAUCAUAUUCUAGAGAAAGAGAGAGCGAGAGAGAGAGAAAGACAGAGAGUGAGAGUGAGAGAGAGAGAUAGUGAAACAUUCAGAGUAUCCAUGGCCAUGGCGAUUGAAUCAAAGAAGUGUCCCAGGAACUUUUCGACAUAUGCAAGUGUGGAAGGAGGGGCAGCUUGUGCUAUGAUUGAGACAGGAGAUACCUACUCUGGUUCAGAAGUAGAGCAGGUUAGGCCAGUGCUGGGGCUCUGUACUAAGGAAGAAGAUGGAGAAAAGAAAAUGAAGGGGGAUUUACUGGUGAGUCUGAGUGCGUCUAGUAUGCGUUUUCUGAAGGUUGGUUGUAACGAAGGAUGGGGUGAGGUCGAUACUGAUGGCAAGGUUGUCAUUAAGAAACCUGAUUGCGAGCCAUGUAGUACUGAAGAUGAUGCAGUGUCUGGAAGUCCAAAAGGAGCCUGGUAUGCAAGUGAAGAUGAGGUUGACAGCAUCUGGAGCAAGAAGAUUAAGACCUAGCCACUUGUUUAACUUGCAUGCAAUGUAUUAGUAGGAUGUGUUAAGUGGCUGUCGUUUCACCUUAGGUAUGAGUUUGAAUUAAUGAAAAAAUGUACCUGCAGUGUAUUUUAAUAAUUUG